UGCCUCUCACUCCCCCUCUCCUCCUCUCCUUUCUCUCUCUAAACCUCUCUCUCCUCUCUCUCUCUCUCUUGAGUUCUUGGUUGAUCGCCAUUGCCGCGGAGGAGCUAGAGGAGAUGAGAUGAGGGGUGCGGGGUUUCUGCUGCUCGUUGUGUUCGCCGUUGCCGUCGCCGGUGGGGCGGUGGCGGCGGCGGCGGAUUUGGACGGCGGCGAUGGUGGUGGUGGUGUGGCGGCGGAGUGGCGGUUUCCGAGCUCGAGGAUGCGGGACGCGUACGUGGCGCUGCAGACGUGGAGGCGGGAGGCCAUCUUCUCCGACCCCGGCAACCUCACCGCCGACUGGGUGGGCCCCGACGUGUGCAACUACACCGGCGUGUUCUGCGCGCCGCUGCCGUGGGAUCGCCGGGAGGUCGCCGUCGCCGGCGUCGACCUCAACCACGGCGACAUCGCCGGGUACCUGCCCCCCGAGCUCGGCCUGCUCGCCGACCUCGCGCUGCUCCACCUCAACUCCAACCGCUUCUGCGGCGUGCUCCCGGCCACCCUCCGCCGCCUCCGCCUCCUACACGAGCUCGACCUCAGCAACAACCGCUUCGUCGGGAGGUUCCCCGAGGUGGUGCUCGACAUGCCCGCGCUCCGGUUCCUCGACCUCCGCUUCAACGACUUCGAGGGCGGGGUGCCCCGCCAGCUGUUCGACCGGCCGCUCGACGCCAUCUUCCUCAACCACAACCGCUUCCGCUUCGACCUCCCGGACAACUUCGGCAACUCGCCGGUCUCCGUCAUCGUCCUCGCGCACAACAGCUUCGGCGGCUGCCUCCCGGCGAGCCUCGGCAACAUGUCCGGGACGCUCAACGAGAUCUUGCUCAUCAACACGGGCCUCAGCUCCUGCCUGCCGCCGGAGGUCGGGAUGCUGCGAGAGGUGACGGUGUUCGACGUGAGCUUCAACCGGCUCGCCGGCCCGCUGCCGUCGGCGGUGGCCGGGAUGAGGAAGGUGGAGCAGCUCGACGUCGCGCACAACCUGCUCACGGGGGCGAUACCGCAGGCGGUGUGCGAGCUGCCGCGCCUCAAGAACUUCACCUUCGCGUACAACUUCUUCACCGGCGAGCCGCCGUCCUGCGCGCACGCCGUGCCGCGCUACGGCGACCGGAGGAACUGCCUGCCCAACCGCCCCGCCCAGCGGACGCUGCGGCAGUGCGCCGCGUUCUUCGCGCGCCCUCCCGUCAACUGCGCCGCGUUCCAGUGCAAGCCGUUCGUCCCGGCCCUGCCGCCACCAUCGCCGCCACCACCAUCACCGCCGCCGCCUUCGCCACCGCCGCCAUCCCCACCGCCACCGUCGACAUCACCGCCUCCGCCUUCACCACCACCGCCAUCUCCACCGCCACCAUCGCCUCCACCGCCUGCACCAAUCUUCCACCCACCGCAGCCGCCGCCGCCGCCGCCACCACCCGCGCCACAACCGCAUCCGCCAUGUCCGGAGCUGCCGCCACCACCACCGCCGCCGCCACCCUGCGGCGGCGCAACACCAGCAUUGUCACCACCACCACCACCACCUUACUACCCCGGGCCAUGGCCACCUGUCCAUGGAGUACCAUAUGGCUCACCACCACCUCCCCCUCUGCAACACCACAGCUCAUGGCCACCGAUCCACAGCGUACCAUAUGGAUCACCACCUCCUCCCCCGCUGCAUUGAUAGAAUUUCUCCGAAGAAUGUUUGGAAACAUGCAUGUGUUCCGCUCUUGCUCCUCACAUCCGGCAAAUCGACAGCAGCGGAAGUCGCACACAAGUAUACGUGGUCAUUAUCGUUCUUAUUAGCUACUAGUGUUCUUGGUUGGUUGAUUGAUGACUACCGGCGUGAAGAGCGUAGUAAGGUGCACAAAAUUUUGUUUGGUUAUGAUUUGUCGGCGUCAGCAUCGAAACAGUUUGUGUUGCUGUGGUGUUGAAAGGGAUUGGGAAGUGGUGGGGGUGUGGGGAUUUGGAGGAUUUGGGAACAUAUGAUUGAUGGCUAAUUGGGUUGUGAAUAAUAAGGAAAAGUUUGAGAGGGACAGGAGGGUUUGGCAGAGGAUUGUAGGUGCAGGGAUAUAUGUGGUUGUAUAGAUGAGAAUCAUGAGUUCAGUUCAGUUAAAUUCAGUAGUAGUAAGACAUAAGUUUUAGAACAAAAGGAUUCUGUGUCAUUUCUUCCUGCUGUAUCACAAUUACUUCUGGCUAUUCAAUUCUUAUUAUUAUUUAGUAUGGAUUCUUGAGAGUUGUUCUUCUUAUGUGUUGGAUUGGAUUUGUUCUCUACUUGCUAGUGUUGUAAUCCUCUAGUUUGAUCAAUUGCCUUCUUUCUUUUCCUCCUGCUCUUUUCUGUUUUGUGAUGUGAAUUGCUGCUAGUGGUUACCCACUUUGCAGAGUAUAAAGAUUAAAAGAAACAUGUUCUGGUUU